ACCCCGGGCUGUGACGUCGCGUGUGGUCGCGAUCGGCGUCGGCGGGCGUUGCGCCGCGUGCGGAGCGGGAGGUCGCGUUACGCACGAGUGCGGGCUUUUCGCCUCUUCCUCUUUCUCCCGGCGAGGUCGCUGACGACGAGUGGCGGCCGGACGGCCGGGCUCGUCGCCAUGCUGCGGCGCACGAAGGCCGAGGUGGAGAGAUACGUCGCCUCCGUACAGGCCGCCGCCUCCUCUCCUCGAGAGAGAUCGUUGAAAGGAUUCUUUUUUGCGAAGCUGUAUUUUGGGAUAAAAGAAUAUGAGCUUGCUCAAAGGCAUCUAUCUAUUUAUCUCCAUGUCCGAGAGAGAGAUCCCAAAGCUCACAGGUUUCUGGGACAGAUCUAUGAAGCUCAGGAUAACGUAGAAAAAGCUUGUGGGUGUUACAAGCGUUCUGUGGAGCUGAAUCCAAUGCAGAAAGAUCUGGUACUGAAGAUUGCAGAGUUACUGAGCAAUCACAACAUCACUGAUGAAAGAGCCAAGUACUGGGUUGAGAAAGCUGCCAGGCUCUUCCCUGGGAAUCCUGCUGCUUACAGACUGAAGGAGCAGUUACUGGAGCGUAAAGGUGAAGCUGGAUGGAAUCAGCUCUUGGAUAUGAUUCGAACAGAACUCUGUGCGAAACCAGACGAUCUCUACCUUAACAUCAGACUGGUUGCUCUCUACCGUUCAAAUAAUAAAUUAAGAGACGCUGUGCUUCAUUGUCAGGAGGUGGAGAAGAAAAUACCUGUAGACUCAAGCUUGGAAUGGUGUUCAUGUGUCAUAAGGACAUUUGAGGAGUACCUUGAAUCAGUACAAGACUUGGAGUCUGAUAGAAAUAAUUGGAGAGCUAUCAAGAAAGAUCAUCUGCUGGCCUAUUCUAGCUUGGUGAAAAUGACACUUGCUUCUAGAGAUGUUCAAGAAAGCAGAGGGGCACUUGAAAGUUUUGAUCGUGUGCUUCACUCUGUGAAACUGUGUGUGAAUGGACCUGACGAGCUGUCUCGUGCCUUCCUUGAAAUGAAAGGACACUUCUACAUGCAUGCUGGCACUUUCCUGCUGAAAAUGGCCCAGAACAGUGAGGCACAAUGGAGAGAUGCAUGUGAACUUGCAGCCUUGUGUUAUUUGAAAAGUUUCCAUAUUCCUAAACCAAAGUCAAAACUAGUAAAAGGAGAUGGUACUGGACAAGAUCUAUUGGAAAUGUUGGCCUGUGACCGAAAAAGCCAGUCUGGUCAUAUGUUGCUGAACUUAAGCCACAGCAAGGAGGACUUCUUGAAGAAUAUUGUGGAAAAUUUUGCAAACAAAAGUGGUUUAUUUACACUGUUUGAAAGCCUCUUUGGGAGUGGAGCUUCUAAAGAGAGAUCUUUCCUCAGCACGGAUGAUAUAGGAGAUGUCAGUACACAGGCACCAGUGCAAGAGGAACUGAGUGAAUAUGAUAUUGGUGCUGUUCGAAUGCACAGUGGGAGUCUCCAGCACCUUGUAUGGCUUGGCUUGCAGUGGAAUUCUAUGUCAGUGUUAUUCCCACUGCGUAAAUUAUUAGAGCGACUUUUCCACCUGCCCCAGGAGACAUCAAAACUUGAAACAGAUGCUCCCGACUCCAUUUGCUUGUUGGACCUUGAAGUUUUUUUACUUGGGAUGGUGUUCACUGGCAACUUAGAAUUGCAGGAGAAGUUGAAUACUCGCUGUGGCACGCAUCAGCCUCCUUUCUUACCAUUGCUGCUGUGCAAACAGUACUGUACUGAGAAGCAAAGAUCCUGGUGGGAUGCUGUUUGUACUCUUAUGCAGAAAAAAACAAUACCGGACUCAGUAACAAAACUGCGGCUUCUUGUUCAGCAUGGAUUAAGUACUCUGCGAGCCCUGGAGAAACACGGCCUUCAGCCUGCCUUAAUUAUACACUGGGCAAGAAGCCUGCAAAAAACAGGCAUUAGCCUUAAUUCCUUCUGUGACCAGAAACAAUACAUUGGAAGAAGUGUCUACUACUGGAAGAAGACUUUGCUUAGUUUGAAAACUAUCAAAAAGCACAAAAGUAUUCCUAAACCUACUGAUCCUCUCUUCAAACAUUUCCGUAGUGUGGACAUUCAGGUCUUUCAGGUUGCAGCCUAUGAAGAAGAGGCGCACAUAGCAUUUGCAACGUUGGAUGCGGUUGAGGGCAAAACUGAUGAUGCUUUAUUAGCGUUUGAAGCUAUUAAGAACGUGGUUUCGUACUGGAAUCUUGCCAUUCUGUGCCAACGAAAGGCAAAGGAGAUUGAGAAUGAUGCUAUGUUGCCAGAACAACGAGAAGAGCACAAAACCUAUCUUCUUAAAAGAAAGCAUUACUUGAUGAAGGUCAUUGAUGAAAGCUCCUGUGAUCCUUCAGUAGCCAACAAACUGCCGGUAUCUGUUAAAACGGUAACGGAAAUGCUGAAUGCAGUGAUCCAAGAGCUUGGAGAGAAUGAGGAAGAGGAAAGUCUUGCCUCCAGAAAUAUCUCACAGGCUGCAGGUCUAGAAGUGAAAUAUUCAACUCCAUCACCGAAGAGGUUAUCUUUCUCACCAGCUAAUAACUACAAGUUUUCUCCUGAAACUCUUCCUCAGUGGGCAGAAGAUCAGAAGUCCUUACUUCAAAUGCUGAGUCAGCAAGUGGAAGCUUUGAAGAAUGAAAUACAAGAAAUGAAACGUAAUAGAUCCGGUGUAAGUAUAUCAUCUCAUGGGUGGCCUGGUGAAAGCUAUGGAACAGAUACUGUGUCUGCUGGUUAUGAGAGAGCACAAAACCUUCAUGAAGUCCCUGUAACAGUUGCUACCUCUGGCCCAUCUGUUGACUAUAGCCAGUCACCUGCUUACAACUCGCAUCAAGUUCUAAGAACUGCCGCGACCAAUGUAACAUCAACAAAGGCACCUGUCUGUGGCAUGAAGGGACUUGCACCUCAGCAACAUAUAUAUGUUUCUCAACAACCGAUCCACACGCCACCUCUACAAAGCACUUCAGCUGGUGUGUUUCCUCAAGACAUCAAUGUGCCCAGUGAAUCUGAUAGCAGAGGCAGUUUUACGCCAACUGCCUUCACCACAUUUUCAUUUCGAAAGGGAGCCAUACUAAGCUCUUCCUUCGGUGAGUUUGAACAGUCUCCCUUGCAGAAGAAUCAGUGGGAGCAUAAAAUAUGUUCAGUUGGGAACAAAGCAACUGCAAAGAACGGUGUCUCCUGCCAAAGCCCAAAUCCAGAUAUGUGGGAAACACGUGACAUCCCUGUAACUGAAUCUGCUGCAAGUUUGAAAGCAAGUGGCAGUGCUGCACAGGACAAAUCAGGAUCCAUCUUUGCUACAAAGGAAGGUGAAGACUCUGAAACAGCAGUUAAGAAACGUAGCGGAAGACUGUCUCCCAGCAAUGAAGAAGAAGAAGAAGAAAGGGAGGUGUGGCAAGCCAGAGCAUCUCCUUGUGGCAAGGACGCAGUAGCUGGACUGGAAGGAACUGGCAGGGUGGCAGCAGACCUCAGCCGUGGUGACGCUGCUUCUGAUGCUGCUGCAGAAGCUUCGGAGCUGUGGAGCACCUCUGAAACGCCACGAAAACCAGUGGUUUCCCCCGCAAAGUUUGUAUUCCAGUGUGAAUCCAUCAAGAGUGUUUUCGGCAGUGAAAAGACCUUCCCCUUUGGAAAUACUUCCGCCCCCAGUUCCCUCUUUGGAUUUGGCUUUCAUCCCCCAAGAAAAAGCACAGCAUCCCAGAAAGCAGAGGAGGAAAAGCCAGGAGCAGCUGAACCACGCAAAAGCUGCGGUGCGCCUCAGAAGCCUUUGGAGAGCAAGGCAUCCCAGCUGGCUCCUGCAGCACAAGAUGGGCCCUCCAACUUCUCCUUUAAAAUUCUGGAAAAGGGCUCCUCAGUCACACAUAAAUUGGAGAGAGAAUGUGUUACUGCUUGGGAAAAUAAACCGUCUGAGGAGAAGGCUGGAGGAGCAACUAUGCAGGUCCCUUCUUCAUCUGUCUGUGGCAUUAGUAGUAACGUGGAGGAUGCUGAUCCAACAGGCUCUCAGAAAGAAGUUAAAACUCAAAGAAAGAAAGUGGUGGUAAAGUCUGGAGGAGAAGAGGAAGAAAUUCUCUUCAAAGAGAGGGCAGAACUUUACAGGUGGGACAGAGAUGCUACUCAGUGGAAGGAGCACUAAGGUUCCUCAUCCAUACACAGAAGAAGUGUUGCAAGAUCCUUAUGAGAAGGGACCAAGUUCUGAAAGUGUGUGCAAACCAUGUCAUCACCAAAGAAGUGAACUUAGUGCCCUCUGAUGCAUCAAACAGUGUUUGAAUUCGGACAGCUCUAGAUGAUGCUGACAUCUCUGCCAUCCUUGCCGUAGCAGGGAAAAAGCCAGAGGCCUGGAAAAGUACAUUUGCCCAAAGUGCCAUGCCAUUAUUGACAAACAACCUCUCAUUUUCAAAAA